UGCUUACCGGGUUCGGCCUCCCCUUUCACCUCUCGAAAGCUUUCGGGUUCGGCCGCAAAUCUUCUGAGUCUUCUCCUUCUCUCAAAAUAGCAAAAAACUUUCGGCCGUGAGAGCUUAGGAUUUGUUGUUUGUGUUCGUUCUCUAAUCUCUACUUUUCUUUGUCUUCGAUUUAAGUAUCGUUGUCCUCGGCAAGUCGGCCUUGGAUCGACUGCUCGGCUUGGAGGCUCGAUAUUCUUGCUUGAUUGCUUGUAAGGCUACCGAGGUGUAAUCAUCGAGCGUCUUCUCUUUAAUAUUUCAUAUUUAUCUUCAGUGCAGGUGACCGCACGAGUGGCUUCUUCCUCCUCUGUUUUUCAUCCUUCUAGCGCAGUAUAAGAUCUUUUGUUUGAUCUAUCGUUAGCCGGAAGUUAUGUCGAGGAGAGUUCCAUCCAGACGCCUGGCAGAAGGUAGUACUCUGCCUAUGAUUGGUUCGUUAAAUCAGAAAUCAAAAGCAUCACCACUUCUUUCUGUUGGUCUGGUUGUCCUGGGUGCCAUUCUUCUUAUUGUCUAUUCCUACAGUGGCUCAGGUGUAUCUAAAGCAGUGAGAGAAUCUUUAAGCGGUGAAGUUGCUUCAUGUACUUUAGAAGUACAACAUGCAAUUCCUAUCCUCAAAAAUGUAUAUGGUGACAGCAUGCGCAAAGUUUUACAUGUUGGCCUUGACACUUGUUCGGUGGUUACCAAGUUAUUGAAGGAAGAAGGCACAGAAGCCUGGGGUGUUGAGCCGUAUGAUUUGGAUGAUGCUGAUGAUAACUGCAAGAGCCUUGUACGGAAGGGCAUUGUACGUGCAGCAGAUGUAAAAUUUUCCUUACCUUAUAGGCCAAAAUCAUUUUCGUUGGUCAUAACCUCUGAUACCGUGGAUUACUUAACCCCAAAGUACUUAAACAAAACAAUCCCAGAUCUAGCAAGGGUAUCCACGGAUGGUCUGGUUAUAUUUGCCGGCUAUCCAGGUCACCACAAAGCUAAAAUUUCUGAGCUACCAAAGUUUGGGAGACCGGCCAAAUCAAGGAGUCCUUCUUGGUGGCUGAGAUACUUCAUUUCGGCCGGUCUAGAAGAGAACGAAGCUGCAGUCAAAAAGUUUGAGCAGGCUGCAACUAAAAUGUCAUAUAAGCCUGGCUGCCAAAUUUUCCACCUGAGUUCACUACAUUAUUAAUUAAUUACAGCAUUUUCGAGCUUAUUUUAGAGGCUAUUUCAUUCAGUUUUGAAUAUUAUUUCGAAAUUGUAUCAUGAUUAUAUUUUGAUUGUAAGGUAACAUGAUGGUUGAUUAUUUAGUAGAUAUUAUUACACAGGCCUCAUAUGAAAAUUGAAUUAUGAU